AUGGACCCUAGCGAACUAUCCGGAACAAAUAACAACAAUAUGACCCAAUCCUUGGCAGGAUUGGCUACCUCGGGACAACAAGCACAACAAUCCCAGUCUUUGCCACUCUUACCAACCACAUCGCAACAGCCAACACAAACACAACCAAUGACGACCAGUAGUUCGGAUCUCUUACUUUCUGAUGCACAUCGAUAUGCCGGUGAACUGGGUUCCACUCUCACAAAGAUGGAUAAAAACGAUCCGCUGCAGUAUGAUACGAGUCACACACUGACUGAUUCGUACAAAUCGGGGGUUACGACAACUGCUACACCAACAGCAAAUGGAAAUACAACCACAACAACAAGCGCAAACAUUUCGACCGAAGCAAAUGCAACAGCAGUCUCGGUGGCCAUAACCAGCAGUCAGAUUUUUCAAGCGGACAAUCAACUGCUGUACGGUUCAGCUGGAAUGACAUCUGCCAGUGAGGGUACGCAGUCAACCAAUACGGCAACCAACGAUUCUAUGCUCCUUGUGAUGGGAAACUCUGGAGCCUCGGUCUCAACCGAUUCGACAACAACAAUGAAUAUGUCUCGGGCAAAUCCGAUCACUUCCGAUAUUGACCUACGUUCGGUAGACGGUAUUUCCAUCAUGAGCGGUCGUAUGGACGAAGGGUCGAAUUAUGCGCUUGCUCCGAUUAACGGACGUUCAAACGGGAUGGCAUCGGACAUAGAGAUCUACUGUGGGUCCUGUAAACGAACGUUGGAACGUCGAGGAAACGAGAGCUAUUGCACUUUGCUCAAGAACCACUAUUUGGAAUGCUUUCUGGAUAAAGAAGGGGAUCAUGUGAAAUAUGUGAAAACCAAGGCCGCACUGGAACCGGGGCAAAUGUACUGGUGCAAAUCGUGCAUACUUAUCUUCGAAAAACCCUGGUCCUUAUUUCAACACAUGGCGGACAAAGCCAAAGGAAGUAAGGUACAAAGGUGGGAGAAGAAAAUCCAUCUGGACUGGAUGGACAGUGUUGCCGGACUCAUGGCAGGCUAUGACUUAGGUCUGUUCAGUCCUGCGAAGUUGCGCAUUGACCUGCGCAAUCUUCUGGCCGACCAUCACACCAUGGAGGAAGAAAUGGAAGCAGCCGCAGUCACAGCCGCAGCAAUGAUGCAGUGGCUCGCCCCACUGAGUAGUCCAUGGCGUUUGCAACAACGUGAGAUGAUGCGAAAAAUUGAACAACUGAAUCGACAAAUGCUACGCAAAGCUAGUCACGGUUUGAAUGCAGCGACCGGAGCCUAUCCGAUGCGAGCCGCACUAACCGCGGCUCCUGUGAAUCCGUCCGCAAGCAAUCCCAAUGUUACGCAUUCGCUUAACUAUGCAUCAAAUCACCAUCGUGCCUCGCAUACAAAUUCCAUACCAACUGUACCAUCCCCUGUGCGCAUUGUUGACGGUGGAAAGAUCUCGGAUGAAAACCCAUCCAGAUCAUCCCCUAGUCAGUACUCGAAAAGCGAUCCGUCACCCAGUUUAAUCACAGAACCAUCUGAAGUGGCUGCUCAAGAUACAAUCCAUGUGGGAUCUAUUACAAAUGUGGAUCAGGACACUGUCGGUCCUUUAGGGGAUCAGGAGACUACAGAAACCGGACCACCAGAUGACCCGUCCGGUUCAAACGAGACAGGAAGCAUUACUGGAGCAGCUGGGGACAAUGUGUUGGACGAUACAGAAUCAAAAGUGGCCAAAACAAUGAUCGAUCCGAUUGAUGCACCGAACGAGGGUUCCGAUUCCACAGAUUCAGUUCCAAUCCCGGUCGAUUCGAACAAUACAAACAGUGCAACUAGCACUUCAGCCCGUGGCGAUGAGGGUGGACGUCGUGUAAUUGACGUGAAACGUACCAAUCAAAAUACGUCCAGUUAUAAUCAUCCGGGUAUGAAAGCAUCGAACUCGACCGGGGGGAUCGGCAAAGGAUUGACGGAUUCGAUGCGUUAUCAGAUGCAUAUACGCGGAUCAAGAACACCCGGGUACGGUCACCCGUCGGGUACAUUUGGUAGCACACAUCGAGGCAUGCAUCGGGCAAAUCGUAUGAGCACGGGCAGUAGUUUACCACCCUCUCGAGCAGCGAACAGUUUCAAUCCGCCCAGUUUUCAUGCCAGUUUAGAUUUGAAUUGUGGAUUCACAGAUGACGAAGUGGAAGAACUCUUAUCGCAAGGUAUCAAACCGUGGGAUAGUGAGGCUGCGGCCGCACUGGCCGUACUUCGUGGUGAAAUGGAUCAUUUAUUGGAUUAG